GAUUUCUGGUCUGCAAAACUGGCAAUUUCACUCAAUUUGCCUUUUCCUGCAGUGGCUGUCGCCGGCGUAUCCAACAGCUGGGUUAUGGAGGCACGCAACGCCGCCACAACUAGUACGGGCGUUCACCUUCCUGAAGCACGGUAAAUCAGAUACCUGGGGCUUUACGAAAGAGUAAUAUUAUCCAUUACCCCAUUGUGAUAGCGCGCGACCCCGAUAACCCCGCAAAAGUUCCCCAACUCCACUAGCACCACCACCCCCAGCUUCCUAUUCCAGUCCGCGCUCUCGGAGAUGACCCUCAGUUUUCUUGGGGCAACCCUAGAUUCUGAGUCGUUGCGCAUGCAGUCGACCGACUAGGUGGUGCAGGAUGAGGGGAAUUGGGGGGUGCCCGACGCACUAGUGUAGACUCCUGGGUGAAUUAGCCCUGUCCAAGCUGUUCUAUUUGAAGGCAUCACCACCCGCACCAGGUCAGCGGAGGCUCCAGCAACCAAGUUUCCUGCCUAAAGACGCUUUCUCGUGCUAGGCUCCAGUCUCAAGAUGGUCCGUUCCAUCAUUUCUACUAUUGCGGCCGCCUGCGCCUUUGCAGGUGUUGCCCAGGCCAUCGGCUUUGGCCCUGCCAACACAGGCAUGGGCAUCCCGUCCAUGCCAGAGGAGGCUUUGGCUAAGGGCGAUCCCGCUGCUGCCGAGGCCAGCUACUGCUACAACCUCUACCCUCCCUCAGUACCUUGCCCCAUUGUUGCCGGUACCUUUGAUCAGUACAUCGACCACGACAAGCCCGAGCUUGGUACGUUCAAGCAGAGAUACUGGUACAACGCCGAGUUCUAUGCUGGACCCGGGUCUCCCAUUAUCCUCAACGCCCCCGGCGAGGAGGCUGCCGACUACUAUGUCUGGUACACAACCAACUACACUCUCCCUGGUGUCUUUGCUCAAGACAACAAGGGUGCUGCCAUCUUCUUGGAGCACCGCUUCUGGGGUGAAAGCUCUCCUUACAAGACUCUGACCGCCAAGACCCUCCAGCUCCUCACCCUCGACCAGGCCAUGCGCGACAUCAUCAACUUUGCCAAGAAGGUCGACCUUCCAUUUACCAAGGGCACCGGCAGCCCCGACAAGUCUCCUUGGAUCCUGACUGGCGGUUCAUACCCCGGUGCCGUUGUCGCCUGGGUCAACAAACUCUUCCCCGGCACCUUCUGGGCUUACCACUCAUCCAGCGGUGUUGUUCAGCCCAUUGCCGACUACUGGCAGUACUUCCAGCCCAUCGAGGCUGCCAUGCCCCGCAACUGCAGCAAGGAUCUCAAGCUUGCCAUUAAGCAGCUUGACAGCAUGAUGGACUCCCGCGAUGCCGCUGGCAGAACCGCCCUCAAGAGCAAGUUUGGCCUUGGCGACUUGGCCGAUGACGACUUUGCCAGUUCCCUCAUUGAUCCUCUCUGGAGCUGGCAGGGAACCCUCUUCUACAGCCACUCAUCCAAGCUUUACGACAUGUGUGACUACAUCGAGGGUGUUGGUAACCACAACAUCAACAAGACCGAGGUUCCUGGUGAGGAGGGUGUAGGCGGCUGCAAGGCCCUCCACGGCCUUGCCAAGUACUACCGCGAGUAUAACAGCAAGCACCUCUGCGACAGCUUCAGCUACUGGCCCACUGGUAGCGAUGCCUGCUCUGUCACUCACAAUGUGAGCAGCCCCAUCUACACAGACCGCACCGUCCGCAACGAGAUCAACCUCCAGUGGCAAUGGAUGUGCUGCAACGAGCCCUUCCAGCAAUGGCAGGCUUACGUCCCCGGCGACACCGGUCUCAUUUCCAAAUACAUUCCCACACAAGCCCAGCGUGCCCAGUGUGACCUCUUCUUCCCUACUGAUGAUGGCUUCACCUACGGCCUCAAGGCUGGUCGCACCACACAGCAGAUUGUCGAGAAGACUGGCGGCUGGGAUAACAUCCACACCACGCGCCUUGUCUACGUCAACGGCGAGUUUGACCCUUGGAGACAGGAGACGGUUUCCUCUACGAUCCGCCCCGGCGGUCCUCUGGAGUCAACUCCCGAGGUUCCCGUCUUCCUCAUCAAGGGUGGUUCUCACUGCUCUGACCUCAUUAUGAAGGACGCCGAGGUCAACACUGACGCUGCCCGUGUGAUCCAGGGCGUCCGCGACGUUAUCAACAAGUGGACCGCUGAGUUCUACACUGAGAAGGGCAUCAAGCGCCCUGGCUUCUAAAAAGUGCCAGCUGUGGAUGAAUAAUGAAAAUAUUAAGCAUGGUUGUAUAUAGAGUGCAGUCAAUACAGUAAAAUACCCAACUUGUACACAUAUAUACUCCUUGUCCC